CGAUUUUCUCUAUGCUGCAUUAAAUUACUAUUUAAAUUGUGAAGGUGGACUGCAAAUAUUUUCGGAACAUGUGUGUUUUUUAAUAUCAGCAAUAUAACCUCGAUUAUUGUGGUAUAGUGUUCAAAUGUUAAUAGUGCUCAAAGCUGACAUAUAUUUACACAUUAUAUUACAUGUAACAAGGACUAAACCAGAUUGCACGAGAGUCAAAUAAAUUUCAUAUAUAACUAACUAACUACCUAUAUUAUGGUAUUAUCAUUUUAGAAGAGCUGCCCUAUGUCGAUGAUAUUGUCUCCAUUAUUUUGGGAAUGGUUUAACAUUUGGCUGAUUCAAUUUUUAAAAGACCUGUAUCAUGAAAUUAAAAUGGUGGCAUUAAGAGGAAACAACAAUUCAAAUAAUUUGUCGCAUGCAUGCAUCAGUCAUGGAAAUCAAUCGCAGCAAAGGGCAAUGGAUGUGGCGCAAAGUUUACAAACAUCUUUAAAUAUGCCUCAAUCGUCACCGCAUAUCAACGUAAAUCAGAUAAAUUUACAGUCGUUAAAUAAUGUGUCGCUACAGUUCAUACCACAGCAAACGAACGCUAGUUCUCUAAAACAUGAACCUUCUUCUUCGCGGUAUACUAACUCCAAUUGCGUAGUGCCGGCGCAUCAUUACAGGCUGCUGACACAAUCUAGACCAGUGGAAUGUUACCACCCCUCAGGCGCUUCGGGAACCACAUACUUGCCGAGCACGUCCGGCGGCUCGCAGAGCUCGGCACAGACGUCGCUGAGAGUCCAACCAACGCCACAACCCUCGGCCCCACCGGCACCCCAGCAAGAUAUGUCGAAAAACACAAUGUCUGGUCAUAACUACGUCUCGCAGAAUCAGUCACAACAACAACGGCCGCAGUAUCAGAACUACCAAUACCGAGCGCCGCAACAUAAUUCAAGACCAUCGACACAUCCAAGGCAACAGCAGCCUUUCAUACCUGGGACGGCGGCACCAACCGGACCAGUAAUGUAUCCAUUAAUGUUCCAACCGACACAUGUGAGCCUGCAGACUUACCAGCAGCCAAGAUCUGGCACACAAUACCACUAUCCUUACGUCAGUUACAUUCAGAGUUACAAUACUCCGCCCGGACCAUCACCGCAAUGGUAUAACACGAUCGCCGGAUCCACGGAAGCAGAUUACUACCCAUCUACUAGUCCCCAACUGCCAACGCAGAAUCCUCAAGGUAAUGCGCAAGGAAGAAGCAAUCCCACCACACUAGUUGGACUCCAGGGUACUCCAGCUACGGCGACAGCGCCCUCCGCUACCAUACCACAUCCCCAGGCGCCAACACACAUGCACCAACCGAUGCCUGGUAUGCAGCCCGCUGUCCAAAAACGUCCAAGUCACAGACUUGCAAUUAUACAUCCAGAUACAAAUAAAGAUAUUUUGAGCGAUAUGUUAUCCAACGAUAAUUAUGUGACGAGCGAUUCGAGUGACAGACACACUCCGCAACCCGAGUCAACACAUAGUGUUGUUGAAGAGUUUAAUAGAAGAGUUAGUGAAGUCGCGAAUCAGCCUAGUGACAGUGUUACGAAAUCAAAUUAUACAUCAAAGAGCGUCGAAUUGCCGAUAUCUUCCACAAUGAGUUCAAUGCAACCGCCACAGAACCCAACUUCAAAUCAUAAUCAUGCUCAUAAGUCUGAGACGUUAAAUAUUAACGAAAGUAAAAGUUUAGGAGGUGAUGUUAUUGUGGAACAUAACGAAACCCCGAUAGUUUCAGCAAUAUCAGAUAGUCCUGUUAUAGUGCCUAAAAUGCCAAUAAGCAUUAAGCAACUCCAAAAAAAUAGUGAUCAGACUAUUCAGUCUUUAGUUCUAGAUACAAAUAAAAAUAUUCAACCAAAUCAUCAACAUAAAGGCAAAAGUAUGCCUCAAAAUGAUGAUAUAGAAAAGCCCCCUGAUAGUAUUAGUACUAAUGUGGUGGAUUCCUCGACGUCUCCGAGUGUAGUGUCAGCUGGGCCCGCACCUGUCCUUGCUCCCUCCCACACCAAUGUUACUUCGAACACACAAGUGCCCUCUUUAGCUGCUGCUGCUCCGCAACCGCAGAGAAUAAGGGAACCUAGGGAAAGAGUCAAGUCAGAAGAAAAGGAUAAAAAUAAAGAUUCAGACACAAUACAUGAAAAGGAAACUCCGCCCACAUUUAAUAAACCCAAUGGUUCGUCGUCACUAGCGAUUAGUUCAGUUGAUAGUUUAUUGGAUACUAUCAACCCACUAACUAGUCAAAGCAAUCAAGCAAUAAAUACAGAAUCUAAAAAGAAUCUUGCACCAACAAAACAAUUAUCUCCUGCACCUGAAUCCAAAAAUAUUGCACCAGCUGAAUCCAAAGCUGUACCUACAAAGAGUGAACAGCCAGCGCGUGAGGUAACCCUCACUGCUACAGAGCUUUUAUCUGCAAGCAUUGAGAAGCUUGUCAAAGAGAAACCGCAACCUGAGAGUAAAUUUGAAACAAAGGAAACCUCAAGUGCAAUUGAAGCCCAAGUUAAGCUAACACAAAGCUUAUCAAGCGUUCUUCGCAACAAUCAAGCUGAGUCUAAAAUGAAAGACACUAACCUUAAUAAUAAGACUAUGGAUGCAGAUACAGCUAAUGGAAAUGGUACUGAAUUGAACAAAACUGAGACUGCCAAGGAAGAUAUCAAUAAAAAUGAGAAGGUCGUAAAGAAUACAAAGAAUUCAAAUAAAAAAUCUAACAAGAUGGCCACAAGUGAAGUUCAUCUCAAAGAGACAGAGUCAUAUGAAAAUGGUAAAGAUGAGACUGAUAAAGUAGUUAAUGUAGAAAAGAAUGUCCAAGAGGAGACUAAACAAAAUGUUGGAGAAAAUAAAGAGGCGCCACCAGCACUACCUGUAUUUGUACCUAAAUACAAGUAUAGUGAAGAUCAAUGGUCACCUUUUAACAAGACUGGCAAGAAAUGUUAUGAUAUUGAUUUUCUCAUGCAAAUUAAGGAUGACCCAUUGUCGAAAAAUAAACCAGAUGCACCUUUGUUGGAAGCUUGUAAUGUUAUAAGGACUGCACCUAUGCAAGAGCCCCUUCCAUUCUCAAAUAUUUCAAGGCCCAUGAAUGAUUCAUUGUUCCCACCAUUUUUGAAGGGUUCAGGUAUGGGCUCGAGAAAUAAUACCCCUCGUGAAAUGAAAAAAGAAGGCAGGAAUAUGACACCUAGUGGCAGGGGAAGCAUGAAACUACCAUCCACUCCCAGUGGUAGCAGUCCUCAUAAGCCUCUGAUCUCGAUCAUAUUGCGGGAUGAUGUUAAACUGAAUGAAGUUGAUUCCGCUUGGAAGCCAAAUCGUUUCCGUCAAGAGACCCUUACUGAGGAGGAGCAGAAGACGCAGGAACUGUACAAGAAGUUCAGGGGGAUUCUGAAUAAGUUGACACCUCAAAAAUUCGAUACAUUGCUCGACAAGGUUAAGACACUUGAGAUAAAUAAUCAAAAACGUUUAGAAGGUGUUAUUGACUUGGUAUUUGAGAAGGCUAUUGAUGAGCCUAAUUUUUCGGAAGCAUAUGCAGCUAUGUGUAAUAAGUUAUCAAAACUCAAGGUGCCAGCUGAUAACCCUACAACACCAGAUCAGUGUGUAAAUUUCAGAGCUCUUAUAAUUAAUAAAUGCCAAAAUCAAUUUGUUACUGAUAAAGUUGAUGCACAAGUUAUGAAAUUAGAGAAGGAAAUUGCUGAAUGCACAGAUCCUGUGAAGAAGAAGGAGCUACAGCUUAUGUUAGAAGACGAACAUAGAAGGGUGAGGAGGAGGUCUGUUGGAAAUGUCAGGUUUAUAGGUGAACUGUACAAACUAAAAAUGCUGACAUCCAAAAUUAUGGACUAUUGCAUGAAAUAUUUAAUUGAUAAGUUAGAUGAAGAAAAGCUUGAGUGUCUUUGCAAGUUACUCACUACUAUUGGUGAACAAAUUGAAAAUGAAGUACAUGGACAACUGGAUAUCAUUUUCAAAAAGAUGCAAGAAAUUGUUGAUAGAAAAUCACAUCAAAUAAGCAGCCGAGUGAAGUUUAUGAUCCAAGAUGUUAUUCUGUUGCGAAGAAGAAAAUGGGUUGUCAAGAGUGUUGUAGAUUCACAACCUAAGAUGAUGGAUCAAAUCCAGAAAGAAGCAGAACAACAGCAACGUCAAAUUGAACUUAUUAAUGCCAGUCCCAUGGGCGGCGGGUUUCGCCGAGACGAAGGAGGCCGUGGCAAACGUGGUGAUGGCCGGAGGCAAAAUUCUAAUAAUUCUUACAUGGAUAAUACAUGGAAACCAUCUAGAGCCAAUUUCCCUGUGGACACAUCAAAACUUAAAGCUGCGUCACAAAAGAGUUUAAGCAAUAUUAAGUUAGCACCCCAUAACUCGGGAUGGAAUCAUGGCUCGGGUACAAAGAAUACUGCUCAAACGGCUGGAAGCAACACCUCAAUGAUUAAUCUCAGUAAAAAUAUGUAUAGUGUAUUGGAAAAUGUACAGACAGAUCCAACUUCACUUAGAGGUACACGUGAUAUGACACCAAGCUAUCAUUCAAAGGGAGCAUCCAUUGAAAGAUCGACAUUCAACUCAAGAGGUGAUAUAAUGAGCGGCGGUGGCAAUCGUUCAGGAUCAGUGGGCGUCGCUCGUUCUAACUCGGGCACUCGCAGCACUAGUGCCGCGCUGCCGGUGCCAACGCCCCCGACCGAUGCACAGGCUUCUAACCAGGCUGCUGUACUACAGGAGCCUCUUCCUGAAGCCAAGAAAAAAUCUGUCAAGUGUAUGAUUGAAUUACGCCUCAUUAAUCCCGAUGAUGAUGAAAUGGUUGCAGAUGUUAAACAACUUUUCCAGCCGCAAUACCAUGCUGCUGUAGUAAGCGAAAUCUUCAAAUUAGUUCUUGAAAAGUCAGCCAAGGACAUUGGAAGUGUUGCAAAAUCUUUAUUCUAUUUAGUAUCUACAAAUACAAUUUCUCCAGAUAACUUCCUUAAUGGAAUUAAGGAAACAUUUGAGUUUGCACCAGACCUUUACAUUGAUAUUCCAAUGUUAUAUGAUUAUUUGGGCAAACUUAUCACGCCACAUAUUGAAAAGAAGCAUAUCACGUUUGUACAAGUAUUCAGGCUUUGCGAUACUGUAAUUUCAUCAAACCAAGGACAUUUAUUCCUUAGAGCCCUAAUUAGAGAUUUGAAAGAAAGCAUGGGACCUACAUUUGUAAAGAGCAAAUGGCAAGAGUCUGAGUUACAAUUGAAGCAGUGGAUGGAGGAAGAUCAGAUUGCAAAAUGGAUAGAAGAAAAUAAGUUUGAAUUUCUUGAAGGAAAUGUGAACUCUUCUGAAGAAACGAAAAAGAUAUUGACGCCCGCAGAAACAAAAGCUAAACUACUUCAACUCAUGAAUGCAGAUGAGAGUAGUGAUUGUAUAAAAGGAUGGGUACAAGACAAAAUUGGCAAAGCUUCCAACGAUGAUUGGUUCAUGCGAGCAUUGAUUCAAGCCAUUUGCGAGCAUGCCUUUUUUGGCCCGGAAGGACGCGAUGUACCACAUUUUAAUCAAGAUCGAAUGACUAAAUAUGCCAGUCUCAUUCAAGAUUUUGGUGAGACCAAACAAUCUAGAGAAGCCAGCUGCUUAUUUGGAAUUCAGCAGUUAAUACACAGGCUAGAACACCCACAAGGAUUAACUUUAGAAAUAUUCCAAUACUUACAUGAGCAAUACAUAAUUUCAUUAGAAGGAUUUUUUGCAUGGGAAGAGUCCGAAAAGGAGCCCGAGGGCAAAGGUGUGUUGAUGAAGACUCUGACGUCAUUUUUCACAAACAUCAAGGAAGCGGAUAAUGAGGACUCUAGCGAGGACUGACGCGGGCGCAACGCUGCGGUUGCACCGCCGCUGCCGCACGCGACCGCGCAAGCCCCUCCCGCCCCCGGCCCUGGUCCUGUUCCUGCUCCAGCCCCAGCUCCUGCCCAUGCCCUCGCUCUCGCACCGUUGCUCGCGGCAGAAGCACCCCCAAACGUCUUCUAUAUUUUUAUAUAUUAGAUUCAUCCUAUAUGGAAAUCAUAGAUAUAUUAUUACAAUGAUAAUGCUUAAUCUAACAGAUGCUAGACGAAAAGGUGUAUAAUAUUUUUAAAGGCGAUAGUUAUUUAUCAAGGUUCUAAAUUUUUGCUUCGAUGUUAUGCGCAAUUUGAAACAAUAUCUUAAGCAAAUAUUCCCCGGAAGGCAUUACUUUAAUUUGAAUUCUAUAUAAUGCUCUUUUUUAUUUACCGUGACUACAUUAUUAGUGUUUUAGAUCAAUAUGAAAAAGUAGUUUAAACACUUAAAUAUUUACCUCCUACCUCUGGUGUUGUGGGAACUUAAAACAAUUCUGAUUCCCGGAUUAUAUUUCUUAUUGUAAUGUUACAUUAAUGUUUUUGUUAUUGAAUUUAUAAUGAUAAUGAAUUCCCAAUGACAUUUUAGUACUGUUUGGUAGUUCAAUUCAAACUUCUUGGCCGCUGUGAAAUUAGCUACCAGCUCAGGUAUGAUCAAGUCGACAAAAAAUGUAGGUUCAAAUAUAAUUUCCACAUCUGUAAUGCUGUCUAAAAUGAUUCAUAAAAUUAUUUUUUUUUUUUUCGUUUGCAAAAUUUGAAAUUAAUUUUAUAAGACAACACUGCGUUUUAUCAUGUUUUUCGAUUCGUUUAUAUCUAUAUAUCGUUUUUGUUCACAUUUAAUUGUUCGUAUUUCGACUAAUUGCCAUAGAAUUUGAAUACGAACAAUUAUUGAACAAUUGACCCCAGCUGUACCUAAAAACAAAUGCGCGUAUCUAACACUUAGUAAUUUGUUCUGCGAAUCGGAACGAAAAAAGUUCAGAGCCGCCAAGAUAGUUGAAACGGACUAGCUAGUAUAUUUAUUGCCUUUUAUUACAGAAUUGAUAAUAUGCAAAUGUAUUAAUAAAUUAAUUAUGUGUUUCAAUAUUUUAAGAUAUUGUUUUACGUGUUGUGAAUAUCUUUUGUGUCUUAUCUAUUUUUGUAAACGAUAUUAUAAAUGCCUAUAUUAUGUAUAGAUUAAUUGAAUUGAGCAAUAAUAGUUCCCAUAUUGCACCCAAAUGUUCUUUCAUUUUAAUAUCUUGUCUGUUCUUUCAUUUAGGCUGUAUUUUUAUGUUAAAUUUAUGAAUAUUUCCAUUCGUUUUAUCUAACUUUUCGAUUUCUAUGUUACAUAUAUAUUUUUUCUUUUUCAAUAAAAUGGCGGUAUAUGCAUUUUGUUCAAAAUUAAUAUCUAUGUUAAAUGUGACCUAUAACACCAACUGAAAUAUUUUUUAUAGCAAUAAACAAUACCUUAAUAUACCUGCCUAGUAAUAAUUAAUAGAUAAUAUUGAACUACAUAUACUAAAAAAAGAUGUUAUGUAUUAUUAUGGGAGAAUGUAAUAAGGGUAAUGAAAUUAUAAUUCGCGUUUUAUCUGAUGUCUAUAUACUAACGAUAUCAAGAGUAAGAAACGUGUUUUGUUUAGCAAUAAUUUUAACUGCUUAGACGCGAAAUGGCGUUUAUAAUAUACAUGCUAUAAAAUGAAAAUUUGAUUUUGAAUUUGAUGUUACAAGAUUUAUUAUAAUAUAUACAUUUAUCACUUUGUUUUCUUUGGUAUGUAGGCGUAGACAGCUACUAUUAAAUCAGUAAGUAAUGUAAUCGUAAAAUCUACUUGAGAUAACGGGAAACUUUGAUGGGUUAUUUCUGUCCAGCUUUUUCCUAUAUUUUUAAAAUGCAAUUUUAGUAAAGGUUAAAUUUCUAUUUAGACAUUAUAUUGUUUAGAUAUUAGUUAUUAUAAUAUAACAUCUCGGCAGUAAUGAUCGUCUCAAAUGUUUUGUGAAUCAAGUGCGCAAGAUGAAACACUGGCGACGUGCGGCAGUCGGCACUCGCACAUAGACUGUCAAGCGUAACUUGUCCGGCGCAAUGCGGAAGCGCAUUGCCGCAUGCGCUCUGCCCGGCGCCCAUACCUCGGGUUCACGUGCACUCGUCUUUAUGCUGAGUUUAUUUUAUUAUAACUACUCUUGUCGGUAAUAAUGUAUGUUAUGUAAAUAAAAUUUUGAAAAAAA